AUGGCGUCGCCUGUCGAGCCAGCGUGCCCGAAUACAGAACUACCCUCAACACACAUUAGGAUACCACCGUUCUGGCCUGAAAAACCCGAAAUAUGGUUUGCGCAAGUGGAAGGACAAUUUGCCAUCAUGCGAGUGACUGACGAGACGACAAAAUUUUAUCAUAUAUUGGCCAGCCUCGAUCGCCAAUAUGCCGCCGAGGUAGAAGACGUGCUCACCGGUCCUCCCGAUUACCAGCGGCUUAAAGAGGAGCUGAUAAAAAGGUUGUCGGCGUCCCGCGGUAACAAGGUGAAGCAGCUAUUGACGGACGAACACCUCGCCGGACCGGAGCUACCGGAGGACUUCCUGCGGACUAUAUGGACCAGCCGGCUACCAACCACGUUGCAGCCGAUCGUCGCGUCGCAGUCGACGCUUCCAUUAGACGCACUCGCCGAGCUCGCCGACCGUGUCCACGAGAUCGCAGCACCAAUCCACCACGUCGCGGCAGCUGUGACGUCAUCAUCACCAUCAUCAUCUGCGUCAUCACAAAUCAACCGGCUGUCCCAACAAGUAGCGGAGCUGACGUGGCAAGUCAGCGCCCUGACGACGCAGGUGCAUCAUCAACCGCGGCCGCAGGAGCGCGGGCGCGAACGUGGACGUCAACGACAACGCAGCCACUCAUCAUCACGCCGGUCGCAGUCACACUACCGCAGGGACCCCAUUUGCUGGUACCACAGCAAACACGGCGCCGAGGCGCGGAAGUGCGUGCGACCCUGCGACUACAAGGCGGGAAACCCGACAAGCAGGCAAGUGAUGGCGACUGACGACUGCCACAACUCUACGGGUCGCCUCUUCAUCAAGGACCGCAGCAAUAAUAUAGACUUCCUCAUAGACACUGAAAGUGACAUUUGUGUUUACCCUAUUUCUAAGUUGUGUGAACGCCGUUCUAAGACUAGUUAUCAACUCAGUGCUGCCAAUGGUACAGUUAUAGACACUUAUGGUUAUACGCAAUUAAAUGUUAAUUUAGGCUUACGCCGCAACUUUCCAUGGCGCUUUGUUGUUGCUGACGUCACAAAAGCCAUUAUAGGCGUCGAUUUUUUGUCUCAUUAUCGACUCAUAGUGGACGUCAGCCAACAAAGAUUAAUCGAUAGUCUUACCAAUAUGAGCACUGUAGCCAGCUAG